AUUGACGGAAGUAGGUGUAACGUUGGACGCCAAAUUUAUUGUUGGAAUGGACUAUCUCUCAAUGACUAUUAGUCAUUAGUAAUAUGAUUUUAAACUAUUUAAAGAAUUUUAAAAUGUUUUAUUAAAGUAAGUUAAAAAAUCUCAGGCUGAGAUUGCCCGUUAUUUAAGUUUAUUGGCAGGAGAUUCAUAAUCUUUUAUUGGGAUGAUUUUGGCCUGGCUGACUCAGCCUCAGGUUUUUGGCCUCACCAGUCCAGCUUACUUGAGUUAAUCAGAUCAGUUGAGUGUACCAGGCACUCACCUCACUGUGAGUCACAGUCGUGAUUUACAACUUUGAGCCCAGUGCAAUACAAAACAAAUAACGUUUCUUAAUAUUUAUAUCAUGCUUGAUUUAGCUUAAAAUUCCACACACAAAAACGUUUCAGUUCUUGAGGUCAGAAGUCAGAAAGCAAUAAGUAUUUUCCAAAAAUAAGUUGAAGUUUGACAGAUAAAUAAGUAACUCCAUUACAUUUACCCAUUUUUAUAUAGUAAAAAGUAGAAAAACAAGGACAGGGUCAGAUACUGUUAUAAAAAUUUGAAAGGGAAAGGCAACAGAUGCUGUCAACGAUUACUAAAAAUAUCUGGAGAUACAAGAUCUAAAACUUGAAGUUGAAGCAAAAGUCAAUGUAUUUAACACCACAAUAAUGAAGAUGUCUUCUUAUAUGGAGCAGAGAUAUUGCCUGUAGUCUUAUAAUAGUGUAUUAAUAAGUAUGACAACAAACAAAAAAACAAACAAAUUUUUCAACUCUUGGUUUUGAAAAAGCCAUAAAAUAAGAUUUCUUAUUAUAAGUAUAAGAAACACAUAAAUAUGUUGUUGCAUACUAAAAAUUGACAUGCUAAGGAAGAAAUGAUCAAAUCCAAGACAAUUGAAUUGGAUUGCAAGCCUACAACUUGCCUGGGCAACAAGAAAAGUAGAGAGAAAGUUGGGACAUGAGCCAGAGGCUGACAAAAAAAAAAAAAAGAUGGGACUAAACUGGGGAUAGUAGAAAAAGUGGGCCUGCUAAGAUAAGAGCAUUUGGAAAUCUCUUGUGGAUGGCCACUAUGCCGACAAGACAACAUGCAAAAAUUACAACAAGACUAUUAGCCCUAGGCCAAAUUUUGUCAGAAAUUCAAUGAAAUGAUAUUAACAUAUGCAUUGUUCAAUCCCUUGUAAAAAUGACUCUUUAAGCUUUAAAUUAUACUCAUUGUAAAUAUUGAAAUGAUUUUGAUUGAUGGAUAAUGGAUCAAAACAUUUUUUAAUUGAUCAAGUUGAUAAAGAAUUUUAUUAAAAUAUUGAGAUAUUAUAUUAACAUUUUCUUUUUUUUAAGAUCUACACAGCAUUUUCAAUUUAAAAAUUGUUUUUAAAUGCAUAUGAUAUGGCUGAUAGAACUCAAUGGAAGUCUUCAUCGAGCAUCCGAUCAGAUAACACAGGUGAUUUAACAAUCAUUUAUAAAUCUUUAGAUUAUAUUUAAAAUUGUUUUUUAAGACUCUAACCAAAAUCCGGUGAAAUUAUUAAUUUUAUCAUCAGGUGCUUAAUAAUUUAGCAUUGCAAUAAAUAGUUGAAGCUUUUCCAUGGUAAUGUUGAAUACCACGAGCAAGUAGCUUCAUGCUAUACGAUCCAAGGAUUAAAAGAUUUUCUGAAAAUUGUAAAUCUUUUAACUUAAAUGCACUUUCUUUCUGCCAGAUGGCCUAGUCCAUCGCAUGCUUGAUGGUCUAGGAAGCAACAAGUAUAAAGCAGUUGAUUAUCAUCGCUUAAGAGCUACAAUAUCUGCAAAACGUUUUGGAUCUAUCAAGACCUCUAUGAAAGUAAGCAAGAUUGAACAGAAAUCACAGCAGCACAAGGAAAAUUCAACCCUCAAACAGCACCAGCUUCUUUGGCACAAAGAAUUUCUUAAGUUACAACACCUGAGAAAAAAAGUAAGGUUACAUUCAGAUUUUUUAAAGGCUUCCUUGAACAUGGUAAAUUAAAAUUUUUACCUGUUUUAAUUAUCACUAACACAAUAAAGUAAAUGCGUUUUAAUCUGGUGUCAUAUUAAUAAACUGCAUAAGAAAAAAAAAAUUAAUGAAUAAAUGGCCUAUUAAAAUUGACUACCAUUUUGGUUCAUAUGUGAAUUAUGUAAAAACAUAAUUCUGAAAACUUCUUAUGCAUGAGAAGUACAGUCAUUCAAAUAUAAAUAUUUAGUUUACUCAAUUUUAUGUAUUCAUAUUCCAAAAUGAAGGUGGCAAGUUACAGAUAAGUUAUUUUCCAUUUAAUGCAUAAUGGCUGUGUUGCUUAUGGUUGAAAUGGCUAGAAAGACUUUGACAUUGUAUGCUUGUAAUUAGUUUUUAUAGUGUUGCGUUUAUUUUAAAUGUGGUAAAUUAUAGAUUUGUUUUUUGUUGACUUUGUACCGCGCUUCGAGCCUUUGGGGAUGAAGCGUGUUUCGUUUUGAAAUGAACUUUAUUAUUAUUAUUAUUAUUAUAAUAUGGCCCUUAAUAAUGCUGAGAGAAAACAUAUUAAAAAGAGAAAUGUUAACUCAUUUAGCUACAGUUGUUUUGUUUUCUUCAAUUAUGUUUCCAUUUUUAUAUUCACUCUUAAUUUCAAACUUGAAAUUGUGUAAAGCUUCCUUCUCUUCAUCAAUUGUAAUUGGUGCCUAGGUUCUCUUCAGCCUGUUAAUUAAGGUAAUCACAAAAUUAUAUUUUUGUCGUUGGGUUCUUCAGGUUAACAUCAAAUUUAUUCUUACUGUCCCUGAUCUUCUCUUUCUGAUUUUGAGUUUGAGCUUUGCCACUUAAAUGUUUUCAAAUAAAUUACUUUACUUUAAGUUUGAGGUUGAUGUGGAGAUUCAUAUGAGGUCUAAUCGGAAUUCUGAAAGUUGUGGCCACAUUUAUAAGGAUUUUGAUUACUGUGAUGCAGCACUUUCAUCAGAUUUUGAUGGAUUCAAGAAAAAUACAGUUGAUCCAGUCUGGUGUAUGAGGUAUCAUGUUAAUAAUUUAUUUACAUUUAAAUGUCAAUACUCUUAUUUGAUCUAGACUAGUCAUUUGUGUUGACAGUGAUUUUAAUUACCAUAUUUAUAGAUGAAUAACAAUUAAUACAACCAUAUAAAAUAAUUAUUUUAACAUUUUGUUUUCCAGCUCAUAUUAUUUUUCUAUUCUAUCAAUUUUUUUUUGUAGACUUAUACUUUAUAGGCCCAGUUAUUAAUGUUAAUAUUUCAUAAAAUUAAACCUUUCACCUUUUUUAUGUUAUUAUUUAAAAAAAAAAGAAUUACCAAAUCUUCAUAUGUAAUCAUAUAAAUUAAUUACCAUAUUGUAUUAAUUUAAGCACUUAUAAUGAUAUUUCCUUGUUUGUAUCCCCCACAAUCAGAGAUGACUUAAGAUACUGGCUAAGUGAAAACCGUGAAGAACUUCAAUAUGGAUCACCAAAUGUCAUAGAAAAAUAUACUGAUAUCCAAAAGACAGUGACUCAUGUAAAAGAACAGCAAGAAGAAAUCAUUAACAAAUUGGACAAUGAACAAAAACGUUUAGAAGCUGAAUUGUGUUCAGGUUUUUAUUUUUUUAAAAAGCAAUAGGCCUAUAUUUUAUUAUAGAAGAAAUAGUUUAAUAAAUAUUUAAAAAACAUAUUUAUCUGUUAAAAUUGAAUGCUACUGAAAGUACUGCAAAACAUUCACUCAGAUUUAUAACAAUAGUUGAUGCCAGAGGUUGUAGUGUCACCCAGUGUUUUGAGUCAUAACGUCUGCUGAUUCUACACCCCACUGCCAACCAAAAAGUAUCAUUAUUUUAAUUAAAAAUGCAAUUUCAAAUUUUAUUAUAAUUCCUAAUAAUUCCUAAAACAUAUAUUGGGUGCAAUGAAAUUUUUGUUUUGUUGUAGUAAGAAAAAAAAUGUACUGUAAAAAAGAAUAUUUAAAUAACUUAUACUUAAGUUAUGUAAAAUGAUUGUACUACAGCCAAAAACAAUAAUAAUAAAUAUAGAUUAAAAAAUGCAACUAUACAAUAGAAAAUAAUGUUAAAUUUUAUAAAACAAGACAUAUUAUGUAUACAUUAUGCCCUAGCCCAUGGAGACAAAUAAAUUUGGCGUCGUAAAGAUGCAUAACAUGCACAUUUUUCUUUGAAAUCAUAAUUUUUGUAAACAAAUUUAUGAAGAAAAAAAAAAGCAUCAACAGAAUAGAUAUAAUAAUUUUUAAAAGAAUAGCUCUUUUUAGGACUUAAUUUUUCAAACAUUUUCAUUUACGUAUCAAGAUUAUUAAUUUUGGCAGAUUCACUUUCUAUGGAAUUUAUAGCAAAACAACUAGUUUCAAUGAUUCCUCAGUUGUUAUUUGAAAUGAAUGUUAGUUUACAUUAAAAAUAAGAAUAUUUUUUACAAGUUUUAAGGAGUGGCAAAGAGGAUGGCAAAGCAAUGAUAAUUACUUUUUAAAACAUUUUAUAAAAGCAAUCACCCCCUUUUAAAGGUGACACCCAGUGUAAUCUCCACCACCAAACUCCCUAUGUGAUGCCACUGUUUACUGUUGUUCCAGAUGUAGCAGAAGUUACUUUCCAAAUCUUAUAGCUAUACAGUGUGUUUAGAAAUGUGUCUUACCCAAAAAAAUAAUUAAAUCUAUUUUUAUUUCUUCAGGUUUACUUCUGGAAAUGUGCCCACCACAAUUAAAAAAGCACACAGUUGUACAUCCUGGGAUUCCACAGGAAGCUAUUGAUUUGUCUUGUCCAGAUCUACAACUUAAGUCUGAUGUCCUCCAGGAGUUUCUAAUCAUAGAUGGAAAGUAUGAAUCUAUGAUCGAUCAGCUGGGACAGAGGCAUGCUCUAGCAUUAAGGUUGAUACUUUUCUUUUGGAGUAAUCAAUAUUUUAAUAAUCUAUUCACAAUUUUUUAAAAAUUUAUCUUGAUAAAUUAAUAGCUACACUUUAAUCAUCUGUACAUUUGAAACAAGACCAUUGAGGCACACAAUAUAUAUGAAACAGGACAAUUUAUCUAAUUUCAUAAAUUAAUCGAGUUUUCACACUGGCAGAGGAGAAAUAAAUAAGUUUGAGCUCACAUUAAUUUUUUUUAAAGUUCAGUUGGGAAAAUAUUGGAAUUAGAAGGUUAAGAUUUUCUACUAAGAGAACCCUGCCCUAUUUCAAAUUUCCAUUAUUGUUUUAUUUUUUUUAUAUAUGGCAAUAGUCAUUUAUUUAUUAUUAGGCUACAUUUUAUUAAUUAAUGAAUGGUAAAAAAAAAUAAAAAAUUCGCAAAUUAAGAAUUAUAGUUGAUUAAUUUGUUUUGUAUUUUUAAUUUAUACCAGUCAGGAAAACCUCUGGGGUGACGAGGAGCAUUUUAAAUUUGUGGCUAUCCAUGAUCAGUAUCCUAGGGAACUGGCCAAUCGACGAGCAUUGCUUUUUGAUAGACUCAAACGCCAUCUACCUGAAAAAUCAAGAUCAGAUAUGGUAGUUUAAAACUUUGGCUAUAUAAAAUUUUGCAAUUAUAUGGUUGUUUUGGUCAUUAUUAUUAUCAUCUUGAUCCAGUGGCCAUUUUGGGCAUAGGCCCUUCAUCCAAUUGCAUAUAUAUAUAUAUAUAUAUAUAUAUAUAUCAAACAAGUGGUAUGGAAAUAUAUACUUAACAUUUAUACAGGGAUUACCUUGUUGGUUGGAAGAUCAGUAAGGUCCUCUGAAAUAAAAGUAGUUCAAGCAUGGGAAUUGGAAAAAGUGCAUUAAGUGUUCAUUGACUUAAAGACAUUUAAGCUGCCCAACAGAAUUAUCAGACUACACAAAUACCCUAUACAAAAAAUAUCAAAAUUAUUCACCAUGGCUUCUGGCUGAAGGGCACAUGCCUAAAUGGAUACUGAAUCAGAAUGAUGUUGAUGAAAGACAGUUAAACUGACAGAGGGCUCAUGUUCAUUACAUCCACAAAUAAAGUUAAAUAUGUCUUCAUUUAAUUUAACUGGAUUAUUUGAUCUAAUGUUUGUUAUAAACAGUUAUAAUUUUAUGUCCAUUCCUAUGUCAUGAUGUUUUUAUUAUUUUAACCACAUCACUCAUUAGUUAUUAAUUUACUUUGUUUCAUUAAACAAUUUUAGAUUUUAGAACAUUCUUGCUUUUUUUUUUCAUUUAUACAUUCUUUUUUAAACUAUGAUUUAAUUUUAAAGUCAGAUCAUGAGGACUGGUGGAUGGACUUCAAAUAUUAUCAUGAGAGAUUGAAAGGAAUAUAUGCAGACUGGGCAAGAGAUAGGCGUGAGCUAUUGCACAAGGCACAAAUGACUUUUGCUGAGGCUGCUGUUGCACAUGAGCUAGAGGAGGUCCGUGGUGAAUAUUGCAACAGGCAGAAACAACUUUGUCAAGUCUUGUAUGAAAAAGUGAGUUUUCUGUUUAAUUUAUACUUUCAGGGCUGUUCAGGAAAAUACUUAAAAUAAACAUAGAAAAAAAACAACUAGUUGUCAGGGAAAAAUAAAAUAAGAAAUCAUAUUGGUUGUGUUAAGUACUAACAAAAAUAUAUAUUAAUCUUAAGGAAAAACUUUUCAGGUGAGAGAAUGGAGGGAACGUAAAAUGGAAGUUAUGCAGUUGGAAGCCCAGAUGAAUGAAGAAAGACAAAAGCAAGCUGAGGAAAUAGAAGCCAGAGAGCGUGAGGCAGAGAAAUGUAGAAGGAAAAAGGAAAAGGAGAUUGUAAGAUGUGGAUGAUAAAACAUUUUUAGAAUCGAUGUUUCCAUUUUUUUUUUUACCACACAAUAAAAACUGGAAUUGUAAGAACUGCACAAGUUUUAAUCCAGUCUUCUAGGAAAGAUAGCUACAGUGCCAGAUUAACCUAAAGGCAAAUAUUGCAAGUGACCAGGGACACACUGACAAUUGAUCCAGUUUUUUGUUUUGGGUUGGGUGUUUGGGGGGGGGGGUGAAGAAAUAGUUUGAUCUUAAACAGGCUGAUGUAAUGAUGUAAUGUACCAGCAUCUUCAUUCAUUACAAGUUAUAGGAUUAAGUGGAGAAAAUAAAAUGAAUUGCCAACAACACAUUUUGUAAAAUUUCUUAAGAUGAUAAUCACCAAAAUGGGGCUUUGAGAGACUUUCAGCUUUUGACAGGGGUGAAUAUAAUAAAAAGUACAUUGUGUCUUGAGUGGGUCAAUGAAUUAGAGACCAAAUAUUUGAAACAUAAAGACUUGCAUUUCUUAGCCGUGAUUUAAAAAAAAAAAAAGUUUGACUCAAACCUCAAACUUAACGUGAAGGAUUUGGAUAUUUGUGGGCAGAGGGAGAGCAGUGACAUACAUGGAAUAGUCCGCCCAAAGGUUAUUCCCAAAAGUGCAUCCCUCUAACACACACAUAGAUUUAUAUAAUGUGCUGUCGCACCUUCCCAUCCCCCUAGGUAUGCCACUGGGGAGGCAAUAACUCGAAUGCCCAAGGGCUUCCACAUAUCUUAAUCUGGCACUGGCUACCAGUAUUAAACUAAAGCUCAAACAAGAAAGUUUAACAGAUUUAAAUAUUUUUAGUAUUUUAAAAAUUAUGGUGCACUCUUCAGUGUUAGCCUCACAGCUGCAAUAAGAAAUGUUAAAUCCUCAAACAGCUUGGCCAGUAUCACCAAGUUAAAGAGAAGAAACAACAAGAACUGGAAGAAGAGAGGCAGCGGAGGUUAGAUGAACUGAAGAGUUUAAUGGAAAAACAGUCCAUUUAUGACAGAGAGAGGAUUAGAUACAGGUUGGUGGAUCACAGUAAAAAGUAUUGCUUAUACAUAGCAAAUAAGUUAUGUAAAUUUAUAUUUACGAAAUCUUCCUAUCACAGUUGUAAUGAUAGCUUCCAGGGAAUUUAUCAAUGUCACUGAAGCACAUUUUCCGGAGUAAUUCUAACAAAUUUUAGAGAUUAAAAACAAAAUUGUCUUCCAGCCGAUAAGCUGAGACUUUCUUUCCCAAACCAACCACUUGAAAAUCCUGCCUCCUUUUAAAAGAAAGACAUAUUAAUAAUUUAUUAUACAGUAUUAUUGAAUCUGAUAAAAGUAUAAUUAAUGCAGAGAAUAUGUUUUUUCAUGUUUAUUUAUUUUUCUUUUAAGUUAUUAAAUUAUUAUGACUUAAUCCAUGUAUGUGGAUGCUUUAAUGUUAAUAUUAUACUAAUAGAUCAUUCUUUUAGUCCAGGCCUGCACAACUCAAAAUGUAAGGCGGGCCGUAAUACUUUCUGAAAAAGCUGUGCGGGCCAAAAGAAAAUAGUACAGGACGUGUGCGGGCAAAAAGAAAAGCUAUAAGAAAAUAAUAAUAAAAAAGAAUAUUUCAUUACUUUGCGGGCCGCCAAGUGGUGAUGGCGGGCCCGUGGGCCUUAUGUUGUGCAGGCCUGUUAUAGUUCAAGAGAAAUAAAUCGAUAAUGUCACAAUCCUUACUAUAACUCAACUGAUUUUCUACAGAGAAGAGCAAAUAAAUAAAAAACUGGAGGAGAGAAAGAAGAAGGAAGAAGAAAAAGAAAUAGAGAAUGAAGAAAUGGAAGCAAGGCUCGAAGCCCUAAGGGCUCAGGUCAGUAGUUUCUCUAAGGUCAGUAGUUUCUCUAAGGUCUCAGGUCAGUAGUUUCUCUAAGGUCUCAGGUAGGUAGUUUCUCUAAGGUCAGUAGUUUCUCUAAGGUCUCAGGUCAGUAGUUUCUCGAAGGUCAGUAGUUUCUCUCAGGUAAGUAGUUUCUCUCAGGUAAGUAGUUUCUCUAAGGUCACUAGUUUCUCUCAGGUCAGUAGUUUCUCUAAGGUCAGUAGUUUCUCUAAGGUCAGUAGAUGCAUCAGUAGUUUCUCUAAGGUCAGUAGUUUCUCUCAGGUCAUUAGUUUCAUCAGUAGUUUCUCUAAGGUCAGUAGUUUCUCUAAAGUCAGUAGUUUCAUCGGUAGUUUCUGUAAGGUCAGUAGUUUCUCUAAAGUCAGUAGUUUCUCUAAGGUCAGUAGUUUCUCUAAAGUCAGUAGUUUCUCUCAGGUCAUUAGUUUCAUCUGUAGUUUCUCUAAGGUCAGUAGUUUCUCUAAAGUCAGUAGUUUCUCAAAGGUCAGUAGUUUCUCUCAGGUCAGUAGUUUCUCUAAGGUCAGUAGUUUCUCUCAGGUCAGUAGUUUCUCUAAGGUCAGUAAUUUCUCUAAGGUCAGUAGUUUCAUCAGUAGUUUCUCUAAGGUCAGUAGUUUCAUCAGUAGUUUCUGUAAGGUCAGUAGUUUCUCUAAUUGCUCUGCUCAGUAGUUUCUUUAUUGGGCUCAGCUCAGUAGUUUCUUUACGUGCUCAGCUCAGUAGCUUCUUUAUGGGCUCAGCUCAGUAGUUUCUUUAUGGGCUCAGCUCAGUAGUUUCUUUACGGGCUCAGCUCAGUAGCUUCUUUACGGGCUCAGCUCAGUAGUUUCUUUACGUGCUCAGCUCAGUGUUUUUUUUACGGGCUCAGCUCAGUAGUUUCUUUAGGGCUCAUCUCAGUAGUUUCUUUACGGGCUCAGCUCAGUAGUUUCUCUAUUGGCUCAGGUCAGUUGUUUAAAAAAUAAGAAGCAGAAACAGGUAUAUUGGAAUUAACUUUUUGUAAAUAUGGGAAAGAGACGCUAAUUAAUGUUACUGCAAAGUUUCUUCUUUUUACCCUCCUUAACACUUUGCUUCCACAUGUCCUGUGAGCUAUGUUUUGUGGUACAUAAAAGAAAAUAGGUAAUAUUGUGAUUGGUUCAAAUAAAACUGUGAUGCUGUAAGUAUAUAAUUUUUUUUGAGAAAGGCUAUAAAGAAUGAGCUUUAAUAGAUGACCCAUUUAUUUCAACCUCCUGUUAUCUUUGGAUAUUUGCUCAAGUUGAUUCUAUAUAAAAAGAUUUUCGUAUGAACAUUUUUUACUAAAGAAUCCUCAUUCUUCUAUAUGUGAAGAAAAUCAUCUCUAUUUAUAAGACAUUAAUACAUUAAAUUUAUUGAAACAGGUCCGCAUUGUUGCAGAAAGUGAUCCGUUUCGAGCAAUACAGGGAACUAAGGUAAGUUUAUGGGACAAUCCACAUCUGAAUGCAUAAGUAAGAAUGCCACAAAUAAGGGAUAUAACAUUGAAAUUAACUGCAGGAAUUAGGAACUAUUAGAUUGUAUUUACAAUUUCUCCACAACUGAUUUCUCUUGUUUGAAAAUAUGCACCAUCGUCUGAAUUCCUCAACAGGCUUGGGAGGCCAGACUUAAGCCUGAGGAAGACAAAAACAUUUCUUUACUUGAGCCACUAUUUAAGGUGAACAGCUACACUUCAAAACAGGUAAAAAAAAAUAUGUUACGCUUGUUAAGGUUGGCAGUCUGGUGUCGUAAAAUUCGUACCCAUCAUAAAAUUAGUUUUUAGAUUAAAGCUUGAUGCAUCUGAGAUGAAGUUUAGAGCUGUGUUGUUCUAAUUUCACUAGGUUGGUAUUUAUCUAUGGACCCAAAUGUUUAUAAUGAAUUAAAAUUGAUGCCUUGAGGCAUACUGGUAAUUAUUUCAUUUGAGUGCCCCCAUUUUCAAACACAUUUCAAUGAAUAUGAAUUUGAACUGUUGGUCCUUUUGCUUCUUUAAAGACAAGACUUUUCUUAGCUAAAAAUAAUUAAUUGUGAAUUUAGGAAAAAAAAAUAUUCUGGGCAUUUCAUCAACUUAUAAUGUAGUUGAAAUAAAUUGAGUAUAUAUUGCUAUUCAAAUGAUCAUUCUGCAUAUUCAUCAGAUAACUUCAGAUCACAGAGUCAGACUUGAGCAGAAGUUGAGGGAGGCGGGCCUCCAUAACUCAGACUAUGCUCGUCAGCUCAUCAGAAAGGCCACACCUCCCAUGAAACCUCGCCGUGACCAACUGCACACUUUCAAGUUUGAGGAUGCAUCAGUCUAAGCUUUUGACUUCCAAUCUUUUUUUAAAACUGCAUAUUUAAUUUUUACAAGAAUCUUUUGGACAGAAAAAUCUGGAUUUGGUUGCUUUACAGAAAUCAACAUUAGUAGCAAGGAGAGCAUUAUAAAAGGCAGCAAUUUUCAACAAGUGGCUCACAUCACCACCAAGGUUUCAAGAUGUGUCAUGACACACACCACAUGUGCAUGUGAUUUGCAAGAUUUUAAAAUAAAUGAAAAAAAUGAAAAGUUAAAAAUAAAAAUAAAAAAAAGUAUUUGUUGGAAUUUUACUUAGAACUUAGGAUGGGAAAAAUAUAACCAAUCUUGAUGCAAUGUAAUAAUGAUUUCCUUCUAAGCCGCUCAUCACAUAACAUGCUAUAUUCUUCUACUAAGAUGUGACUGUUGUGUCCUGGAGUCUUUUUAUCUUCUAGUGUGCAAGAUGAAAAGGUUUUAAUACGGCUGUAACAAGCAAAUGUACAUUAUCUCCCUUAGACCGAGGAACAUUUUUUACCUGAGAGUCUAUUUUUAUUUAGUUCAGAAUCCCAUAGUUUUUAGAUUCUUGAAAUAUGUUUCAGGAGAAUUAUUUUUUACAUUUGUCAACUGGUAGCAAAUAAAAAUAGAUUGGAUUAAAAAAUUAUUACAAAAAUACAUCUAGCACCAUCUAGCACUGGUUAAAAACAUCAGCAGUUUUAAAUAUUUACAGCAAACUAUUUUAUUUUGCUUUAAUGUUGACCCCCAAUUUCUUACAGUAAGAAACUUGAUCAAGUCAGGGGGCACACUCAUUGUCUUCUCCCGAGCGAUUACCAGUCAUCCUGUUAAACUGUUUCAGAGCUUCUUACAAAGCAAAAUAUAGUUAUGUUUGCAUUCUUCUAUAUCUUAAGGGCCCACGACCAAUCUAGGGACCAUUCUGGCCCCCUUGUAUGUAGAGUGGGAUUCGCAAUGUUUCUGUGCCUGGUGUUGAAGAGGAUCUUUCACUGGUGUGCAAGGGGCUCAGUGAUAGCAAGAUUGGAGUCCUUGAACAUUAAAGUUUUUAAAGACGAAUUCUAGACCCAUGACCCAUGUAUUAGGUUUAUUCUACUGGUGGCUGGUGGCCAUUUUUUGGCUUGAAUUUCAGCACAUUGAAAAUGAAGGAAUAUGUUAUGCUAAAAAUGUCAUAUGGUAUAGUUUAUGUGUGUCUGAACAUUUUUAGGUAAUCCCAAUGCAGUUGGUAGCAUCUCUGAUUUAAAGCGUACUACAGGAAAUGUACAAAUGUAAUCUUCUAAAAUUUAGUGACUCCACGCUACAGAUAUUUGAAAUAAUGUAUUUAAAAUUUGGAGACAGUGGGUCACUGAACAUCUUUAAAGGUGAUAACCUACCUACAGCUCCCAGAUAACCUACCUACAGCUCCCAGAUAACCUACCUACAGCUCCCAGAUAACCUACCUACAGCUCCCAGAUAACCUACCUACAGCUCCCAGAUAACCUACCUACAGCUCCCAGAUAACCUACCUACAGCUCCCA